CGCCCUCUCCUUUCCCCCUCGCACUGCUCCUUUUAAUUGACGCCGAGGUAGUUGCAUUUCAUAUAUGUACGUCUUUCGUGUCACAAGGUUGGACAGUGCUGCUGGGAGUGCCUGCUAGAUCUAUUUGUGGCUGCUGCUGCUGCUGCACACGGGUGCUGAUCAGAGCAGAGUGCAGAAGAAUCGUAGAGGAGGGGAGUAAAUGCGGGACGCAGCAGCUCAUGAGGAGGAGCUCGCCGCCCAUCUACCUCUGCCCUCAUCCACCUCGUCCCUCACGAACUCUCCUCUUCCCCUUGCUGCUCCUCUCCACGGAGGCCGUCGCGUUCGGCUAGAUCGAGUUGGGAGUGUGCGUGGAGACGGAGUGUGCGCUGCACGAUAGUUAUUGGCCCCUGCGGCGUGAAUUGAUCUCACUCGGGUGUUGCCUGGUGUCGCAGGCACCGCCCGUUUGGACGGGUGAAGAGAAGAAGAAGAAAAAGAAGAAGAAAAAGAAGCCUCCCGCGACAUCCCUUGGAGUUGUGAGUUCUUACUUAAUUUAAGGUCUAGUUUCCUCGUGAGGGAGGUUGUUUGCGCUCAAAGGGUGAGAUCGUCAUGGUGGCCCAAGUGGUGCCCGAGGUGGUUUGCGCAAAUGGGGCGAUAAAUUCCACGGUGAAGAAGAACGGGACGAGCGUAUCGCCGGUAGAGGAGUACUGCUAUGCGCUUGGAGGCAAAGAUCCCAUACGCAGCAUCUUGAUUGCGAACAAUGGCAUGGCCGCUGUCAAGUUCAUGCGGAGCGUGCGCUCUUGGGCGUACGAGAGUUUCGGAGUCGAAAGGGCCGUGGAGCUUGUGGCCAUGGCGACUCCCGAAGACAUGCGCAUCAAUGCUGAGCACAUUCGCAUGGCUGACCAAUUCGUGGAAGUCCCAGGGGGAACCAACAACAAUAACUACGCCAACGUUCAGUUGAUUGUCGAGAUUGCGGAGAGAACAGGGGUGCAAGCCGUGUGGCCAGGAUGGGGUCACGCAUCCGAGAACCCCGAGCUCCCAGACUCGCUGUUGGCGCGGGGCAUUCUCUUCCUGGGCCCUCCAGCAGCCCCCAUGAACGCUCUUGGCGACAAAAUUGGAUCCUCUCUUAUUGCACAGGCGGCUGGUGUGCCCACACUCCCGUGGAGUGGUUCUCACGUGAAUGUGCCAUUUGAUGUUCUCCAAGGCAGCAUUCCGGAUGAUUUGUACAAACAGGCUUGCGUUUCCACCACAGAGGAAGCUUUGGCUUCAUGCCAGGUAGUCGGCUACCCUGCCAUGAUCAAGGCCUCUUGGGGAGGUGGUGGUAAAGGAAUUCGGAAAGUACAUAACGAUGAAGAAGUGAAGGCUUUGUUCAAGCAGGUGCAGGGAGAAGUGCCAGGUUCACCAAUCUUCAUAAUGAAGGUCGCCACACAGAGCCGACAUCUCGAGGUUCAACUGCUUUGUGACCAAUUUGGGAAUGUGGCAGCCCUGCAUAGCCGUGACUGUAGUGUGCAAAGACGGCACCAAAAGAUUAUCGAGGAAGGUCCUAUCACGAUUGCUCCUCCGGAAACAGUGAGACGCUUAGAGCAAGGCGCCUGUCGGCUUGCCAAGUGUGUGAACUAUAUUGGAGCCGCAACUGUUGAGUACUUGUACAGUAUGGAAACUGGGGAGUUCUACUUCUUGGAGCUCAAUCCUCGUCUCCAGGUAGAGCAUCCUGUCACAGAAUGGAUUGCAGAGUUUAAUUUGCCAGCAGCUCAAUUGGGUGUCGCCAUGGGCAUCCCACUUUGGCGUAUGCCUGAAAUUCGGCGUCUCUUUGGCCAAGGAGGCGGUGGCCACGAUUCUUGGAGGAAGGUGGCUGAUGAAGCAGUACAAUUUGAUUUGGAAAAAGUUGAGUCUCAAAAACCCAAGGGUCAUGUCGUAGCUGUGCGGGUCACGAGUGAAGACCCUGAUGACGGGUUCAAGCCCACUAGUGGUCAAGUUCAGGAACUCAGUUUUAGGAGUAAACCAAACGUGUGGGCUUACUUUUCAGUCAAGUCUGGAGGAGGCAUUCACGAAUUUUCAGAUUCCCAAUUCGGUCAUGUUUUUGCUUUUGGAGAAACGCGGGCUAUGGCCAUUGCCAACAUGGUGCUGGGACUCAAGGAACUUCACAUUCGAGGAGAGAUCCAUACUAAUGUUGAUUACACUGUUGACAUUCUGCACGCACCUGAAUAUAGAGAUAAUAAGAUCCACACGGGCUGGCUGGAUAGUCGGAUUGCUAUGCGAGUGCGAGCUGAGCGACCUCCUUGGGAGAUCUCGGUUGUGGGCGGUGCUUUAUAUAAAGCAAGCAGGUUAAUUGCAGCUCGUGUAACGGAGUACAUUGGCUAUUUGGAAAAGGGCCAAAUCCCACCCAAGAACAUCUCGCUUGUCAAUUUUCAUAUCUCUCUCAAUAUUGACGGGAUCAAGUACAAUAUGGAGUUAACUAAAGGAGGGCCUGGGAGCUAUCUGCUCCGCUUGAAUAAAUCUGAAGUGCAUGCUGAAGCUCACACUCUUCGAGAUGGAGGCCUUCUUGUCCAGCUGGAUGGGAACAGUCACGUGGUCUACGCAGAAGAAGAGGCAGCGGGCACUCGCUUGCUUAUUGAUGGACGCACGUGCCUUUUGCAGAAUGAUCAUGAUCCAUCGCGAUUGAUUGCUGAAACACCUUGCAAGUUGAUGCGUUUCUUGGUGCCAGAUGGCAGCCAUGUAAACGCUGAUGCUCCAUACGCGGAGGUGGAGGUUAUGAAGAUGUGCAUGCCUCUUUUGAGCCCAGCAUCUGGAACCAUUCAUUUCAGAUUGUCUGAGGGCUCGGCCAUGAUGGGUGGAGAUCUCAUAGCUUCACUAGACCUUGAUGACCCGUCAGCCGUGAGGAAGGCCCUGCCUUUUGAGGGCAACUUUCCGCCCUUGGGAUUUCCAACAGCCGUUGGCGCUAAAGUUCAUCAACGCUGCGCUGACAGCCUCAAUGCUGCGCGGAAUAUCCUAGCUGGUUACGAGCAUGAUCUUGAUGAGGUGGUGAAGAACUUGCUUAGCUGUUUGGAUGAUCCUCAGCUACCCAUGCUGCAAUGGCAGGAGUGCAUGGCUGUUCUUGCAACCCGAAUUCCAAAGGAUUUAAAAGCGCAGCUUGAUGCUGAAUUUCGUGAGUAUGAGAUCAGUUUCCAGCAGGGUGGAGUUGGUCCAGACUUUCCAGCUAAGGCACUUACUGGAUUAAUCGAGGCUUUCGUGGACAAUACUCCUGACAAGGACCGAGUGACUCUAGAGCGCCUCGUGGAACCUCUGCUGCUUCUAGCCAGAUCUUAUGAGGGUGGCAGAGAAGGACAUGCUUGCAGCAUUGUUCAAACUCUGUUUAACGUGUACCUUUCCGUGGAGGAGGUUUUUAACGAGAAUGCACAGGCUGAUGUUAUAGAAGGGUUGCGGCAGCAACAUAAGAAAGACCUUGCGAGAGUGGUUGAUAUUGUCCUGUCUCACCAGGGUGUGAAGAGGAAAAACCAGCUCAUCUUAAAACUGAUGGGAGCCUUAGUAUACCCAAAUCCUGCUGCCUACCGUGACCAACUUAUCCGCUUUGCAGAUCUUAAUCACAGCAACUACUCCGAGCUGGCCUUGCGGGCUAGUCAGCUGCUUGAGCAGACAAAACUGAGUGAGCUGCGGUCCAACAUAGCACGAAACCUGUCUGAGUUUUCGAUGUUUACGGAGGAUGGAGGUGAGGGUCACAGCACUCCUCGGCGCCGCAGUGCCAUUGAGGAGCGUAUUGACACCUUGGUGGAUGCACCUUUGCCUGUUGAGGAUGCCCUGGUGUCCUUGUUUGAUCACGGUGACCAUACCUUACAGCGUCGUGUUAUUGAAAGCUACAUUCGCAGACUUUAUCAGCCAUAUCUGGUGAAGGGCUCAGUGAGAAUGCAGUGGCACCGCUCCGGGUUGAUUGCAACCUGGCAAUUUUGGGAAGAGUAUCCUCCUCCGACCGCCGAGAUGCUGGAAUCCAUAAAGGUUUCCAUCGACGAUAGCCAAGGCGUCAAAAGGUGGGGAGCUAUGGUGAUACUUACUUCUCUCCAGGUGCUCUCCAACGCAGUCGGGGCUGCUCUCAAGGAUGCCGAAAGCACACUUACACCAACCUCAAAAGCAGCUGCAAUGUCCAAGCGCACUAAUAUUGGAAGCCCUCGCAGAAAUAGGUCAUUUGUUGGUGCUCCAAGUGGUUUUGGCAAUGUUCUACAUGUGGCAUUGGUAGGCAUCAACAAUCCAAUGAGCGCAUUCCAAGACAGUGGGGACGAGGACCAAAUCAACGAAAGAGUAGAGAAACUGGCGAAGGCUCUAAAGGGUGAGAGUUUGGGUGCUAUGCUCCAAGUAUCUGGUGUGGGAGUGGUGAGCUGUGUUAUUCAACGUGAUGAAGGGCGUGCACCCACUCGGCAUUGCUUCCAAUGGUCUCAUGAACACCAUUACUUUGCUGAGGAGCCUCUUCUUCGCCAUGUCGAACCACCUCUUUCUAAUCUCCUUGAGCUCGAAAAGCUGAAGGGUUUCACCAACAUGCAGUUCGCGCCAUCACGCAACCGGCAGUGGUACAUUUACAAUGCCGUGGAUGGAAAGACCAGGACUCGCAGAAUGUUCUUGAGGGCUCUAAUUCGGCAACCAAAACCUAGGGACGAGAGUGGAUAUGAAAAUCUUGAUUCACGUAGUAUCACUCUAGUGGAGGAUAGCAUCACCCAGUCUCUUCAAGGAGCCCUGGACGAGUUGGAGCUUGCUGUCCACGAUACCAAUAGCAAGGCUGACCAUAUUCAUGUGUAUCUCUGCAUUCUCCGUGCUCAGGAGCUUGGCGACUUGACGCAGGCAUCAAGGAAAGAGAGUGGCAGCACUACAAACCAAGUGGAGAGAGUGGUCCGUGUGUUGGAAGGUUUGGCACAUGAAGUAUAUUUCAAACUCGGUGCACGCAUGCAUCGCCUUGCUAUUGCUGGUUGGGAAAUCCGUGUUCGUCUGAAGGAGCUUCAGGCAGCCAACGGCGCAUGGCGUGUUGUAGUUUCUAACCCAACAGGCCACACUUGCACCGUCCAGGUAUACCGAGAGGCUCAAGACAAGGAUUCAGGCAAGGUGAUUUACUGGUCACCUUUCACUCCUGUGCCUGCGCCGCUGCACGGCGUGCCCCUAUCUGCUCAUUACAAAUCGUUAGACGCCAUUGCUCAGAAGCGUCUUGCAGCGAGGCGUCAGAAUACCACGUACUGCUACGACUUCCCCUUGGUUUUUGAGACAGUGCUGCGCCAAUCCUGGGUAGAUGCUGCCGAGGCUGGCGUAAAGCCGCAAGGAUGUACCCCAAUUUUUAAAGCAACCGAGCUCGUGCUGGCGAAUUCUAGCGGAGGCUGGGACACGGGUCUUGUAGAAACUGCUCGUCCUGUGUCGAGUAACAAUGUGGGUAUGGUGGGAUGGCGGAUGCAUAUGUCCACGCCAGAGUUUCCAGAGGGGCGGGAUGUAUUGGUAGUCUCAAAUGACGUGACGUUCAGUGCUGGCUCGUUCGGACCUGCGGAGGAUGUUUAUUUCAAGUCUAUGACUGAGUUGGCGUGUCGGGAGAAGCUCCCGCUGAUCUAUCUCGCAGCGAAUUCAGGCGCUCGCAUUGGAGUGGCUGAAGAAGUUCGCGCCUGCUUUCGUAUUGGCUGGUUGGAGGACUCGUCUCCUGAUCGCGGCUUCAAGUACCUGUACUUGACGCCGGAGGAUUACGAGCUACUUUCAACCUCUGUUAUCGCGCAUGAGCUGAGACUUGACUCAGGAGAGGUGAGAUGGGUCAUCGAAGAUGUAAUUGGAAAGCAGGACGGGAUUGGAGUGGAGAAUCUCUCAGGCAGUGGCGCAAUUGCAGGCGCAUACUCCAAAGCAUAUCGUGAAACUUUCACAUUGACUUACGUCUCAGGCCGUACCGUCGGAAUUGGUGCGUACCUUGCUCGUCUCGGUAUGCGGUGCAUCCAGCGUCUCGACCAGCCCAUCAUCCUGACGGGCUUCUCAGCGCUCAAUAAACUGCUGGGGCGCGAAGUCUAUAGCUCUCACAUGCAGCUGGGCGGGCCGAAAGUGAUGGCGGUGAAUGGUGUUGUCCACCUCACGGUUGCAGACGAUCUUGAAGGCGUUUCUGCAAUCUUGAAGUGGCUGAGCUACGUGCCCUCUUACGUCGGCGGCCCUCUUCCCUGCCUGCAAUCCGUGGAUCCACCCGAAAGGGCAGUGGAGUAUUGUCCCGAGACGUCGUGCGACCCGCGUGCUGCAAUUCGUGGCCUCGAUAGCAAUGGCAAAUGGUUGGGCGGUAUUUUCGACAAGGGAAGCUUUACCGAGACUCUCGAAGGCUGGGCGCAGACUGUGGUCACUGGACGAGCCAAGCUGGGCGGCAUUCCGGUUGGAAUCGUGGCUGUAGAGACACAGACAGUCACACAAAAGAUUCCAGCCGAUCCCGGCCAGCUUGACUCCUCCGAGCGACUGGUGCCCCAAGCUGGUCAAGUUUGGUUCCCUGACUCUGCUCAGAAAACGGCGCAAGCGUUGAUUGAUUUCAACAAGGAGGGUCUCCCGCUCUUCAUCCUCGCGAAUUGGAGAGGGUUCUCAGGUGGGCAGCGCGACCUCUUCGAAGGCAUCCUGCAAGCCGGGUCCAUGAUCGUAGAGCACCUGCGCGUGUACCAGCAGCCCGUGUUCGUGUUUAUUCCCAAAACGGGAGAGCUUCGUGGUGGUGCGUGGGUGGUGGUGGACAGCAAGAUCAACCCUGACAAGGUGGAGAUGUACGCUGAAAAGACAGCUCGCGGAGGAGUCUUGGAGCCCGAAGGUAUGGUCGAGAUCAAAUUCCGCAUGCGUGAGCUUAUAGAGUGCAUGCACCGCAUCGACCCCCAGCUCAUAACCUUGCGGCAGCAACUACAGCAGCUUAAAGGCGCCCCUAUCGCUACAUCUGAUAGGAUCCAGCAGCAAAUCAAAUCUCGAGAGAAAGCCCUCACGCCUGUGUACAAACAAAUUGCUAUCAAAUUCGCGGAGCUUCACGACACUCCCAACCGGAUGGCCGCCAAGGGGGUCAUCAAGAAGGUAGUAGAUUGGGGCGAAUCCCGGCAUUUCUUCUUCCAGAGGUUAAAGAGGAGGCUUGCUGAGGAAUCCUUGAUUCAGCAGCUUCUAGUAGCGGGUGGUCCGAACAUGUGUCAUUCCGCAGCCUUGGCAUUGAUCAAAGAUGUCUUCACCACGUCAACAGGCGGACCUUGGGAGUGGACAGAUGACGCACAGUUUCUGGCGUGGAGCAGCCAACCAACUGGGCUUGAAGUGCAUUUGAAUGAGCUUCGUGAGAAGCACGUGGUGAAGGAGAUGGUGGCCUUGGGAUCCUCAGCUGAAGCAUUGAAGGCCCUCCCUCAAGGGUUGAACGCACUACUGCGCUCGGUAGAUGAUUCCACCAGGUUCCAGUUGGUUGAGGAGCUAAAGCGAACGCUGGAUGCAUCCUUUGAUUGAUGGGCUCCGAACGAGUUCCAUGCUUUGUUCAUAUAUAGAUCAGAUGCGAGACGAUGUUGCUUUACAUCUUGCCUGAUUGAUCUUAUUCAGCUAAAAACCAUAAUAUUAUUAUAAUAAUUAUUAUUAUUCUUAUUUUGCAGUUUUAGAUGCUCACCCAGGAUAGAAAAAGUUACAUAGUUGACGAAGAGAGAUACUUUUCCUUUUGGAGGAAAUCAGAACUUCGGUCUUUGAGGGUGAGGCCAACUAAUUGUACCAUUACUAAUUCAUUCUUUCACGUUUUGAUGCCUAAGUAGUUGAAAUCCAACGAUAGUAUAACUCUCUUCUGUUUCCUGGAGUGAUUUUCAAUGAGCCUUUGAAUGAACCUUAUGAUUUCUCCUUA